UCAGUUGUUUGUUUGUAGGUUAUGUUAAAAAGUAAUUCUCCUUAUAUUUAUAAUUACAGUAAGUCUUUAAACAUUCUAGAAGUUAUAUAAGCAAAUGCCUUCAUUUAAAAUAAGAAGAAGACAGUCAAAAUACAAACAAGUUUUAAAAAAUGACUUUGACAUUGAAUAUAGUAAUGAACCAACUAAGAAUAUUAUGAUAGGCAACGCUGGUCUUGUAUCUGGAAUUAAAUAUGAACAACUAGCUCAACUACUUACUGAGUAUGGUAAAGUUGACAGCUUGGUUAUGAUCCCUGGGAAAUCCUACUCAUUUGUAGUUUAUUCUACUGUAAAUGAAGCCACUGAAGCUUUUGACUCUAUAAAUGGAAUAUUGAAACUAGAUAACAUGGACGGGCCACUAUUCUUGGUUUACACAUCAUCAGUUCCUCCAAGUGGUGAAUCCUCCCAGGAUUCCCUGCCAAAAGGCUUAACUCUAUUGAACGACUUUGUGACAGAAGAAGAGGAAUCAAUGCUAUUAAACUGUGUUGACUGGAACACUUCAAAUCACCAAACUGGAAAGAGCUUAAAAAAUCGUAGGGUAAAGCAUUAUGGAUACGAGUUCCGUUAUGACAAUAACAAUGUAGACAAGGACUCUCCGCUUGAUGAGGCAGUUCCGGACGAGUGUGGUUUUAUUGUGGACAGACUUCAGAAUUUGGGAUAUCCUUUAACAUGGGUUCCUGACCAGCUAACUGUAAAUCAAUACCAAAAAGGCCAAGGCAUUCCCAGUCAUAUAGACACUCACAGUGCGUUUGAGUCUCCUCUUCUCUCCCUAUCUCUGGGCUCUGAUGUGGUGAUGGAGUUUAGGCGAGGAAAUCUUUAUGUUCCAAUAAUGCUGCCCCGCAGGUCGAUCCUCAUAAUGGAUGGAGAUGCAAGGUAUGCUUGGACACACGGUAUAACUCCUCGCACAAUGGACGUGGUGCGGGUGGAGGGGGGGCUCAGUGUGCGAGAGAGAGGUGUCCGCACGUCCUUUACACUGCGGAGAGUUAGACGAGGCCAGUGUAACUGUGACUUUCCUCUCACCUGCGACUCCCAACAGGUCACAAUCUCUGACACACAAGCGAGUCAACUAGAAGCCGAGUACGUACAUGAGGUGUACAACAACAUUGCAGACCAUUUCAGCGAGACCAGAACCAAGGUGUGGCCGAAUGUUAAGCAAUUUCUGAUGUUGUUUGAUGCUGGAUCUGUUAUAGUGGACGCUGGUUGUGGCAACGGCAAAUACUUUGGUGUCAACCGUGCUGUUUACCAGGUAGGGUUUGAUCGGAGCGAGGGUUUGGCAGGAAUCACACACAGUCGAGGUUUUGAAGUGUUUGUGUCGGACUGUCUCAGUCUUCCUCUCCGAGACAACGUGGCUGACGGGAUCAUUAGUGUGGCAGUCGUGCAUCACCUGUCGACUGCUGCGCGACGUGAGCAGGCUUUGCGCGAGAUGAGUCGUGUGUUGAUGCCUGGUGGACGAGCUCUAGUCACUGUGUGGGCCAAAGAUCAGACCAAACAAAGCAAGACUGCGUAUCUCAAGCAGGACCGGAAAAACCGGAGAGGCUGUGACCGAAGUGAGAAAAUUUCGCAAGCCCGUGAAGUGGCAGAGAAUAGAAUCCACCAAUGUGAAAAGAGUGUGAAAGAGAGCACUUCAGAAAAACCAUUAGAAUUCUAUACCAGUGUAGAUAGUCCAAACAUCACAAACAAUGAUUUUAAACUUCCAAUUCACACAGCUAGAACAGAGUUUCAGCAUCAAGAUGUGUUUGUACCUUGGAAAGUCAAGAGCAAAAAUGCUGAAGAGAAAAAGGAAGCAGUUUUCUUGAGAUACUAUCAUGUGUUUGAGGAAAAUGAACUUGUUAAAUUGUGCAAUAAAAUUGAAGGAAUUAAUGUGUUGGAUUCUUAUUACACAGAGGGAAACUGGUGUGUGAUAUUUCAGAAGGAUGAAAAAUAACCAAGAGAAUGAAUGUAAAUAAACAUGUAAUUAUUAAGAAAAGUUUUAAUUCUUUUUU